UGUCUUCCUUGGGGGCGUGCGUGUUCGGGGGGCGUCGGGUGAAGGGGAACGAAGAGGGCUGUGAUUAGUCAGGGAGCUUCAGCAUCCUUCCACGGAGCGCGCCGCCCGCCUCGAAGGGAUCCUCCUCUUGUCCUCUUCGUCGUCGUCGUCGUCGUCCUCCACUCGACUGCACUGCCGUGGAGCGGAGGGAGAUCCAUCCGGACUUGGAUUGGUUGCUUCUUUUUGUCGGCUGUUUACAGUUUAUCUAGUGGCGCAAUAGAAGACCAUGGAGGGAGCUCAUGGCAUGCAAAAGUCAGAAACUGCAUCCGUCAUCAAAGUUGCCAAAGAGCCUGCCAUCAUUAUCAAUGGCGUUCCAGACUUGCCUCCUGAUUGCACAUCUAUUACACAACCUGAGGUAAAAAAUGAUGUUGAAUCUCAAGUUGAUCCCCAUUUUGGUGAGUGGUUAGAAGGGAGGAAAGUGAGGAAGCUUUUCGGAGACACCUAUUACAUAGGGAAAGUGGUCAAGUAUGACAAUGAAAGCAACUGGUAUAAUAUUGUCUACGACGAUGGAGACCAGGAAGAUCUUGAGUGGUGCGAACUUGAAGAGGUCCUGCUGCCAUUGGACAUAACCAUUCCACUCAAAACACUUGUUAUGGACAAAUGCAAACUUCAGGGGACAGUUACUGAGUACAGACCUAAGGUGGGCAGAGGCAGAGGCAGACCAAGGAAGGUUUAUGGUACAUUGGAUGGCAAUGCCAAGAAAACAUCAAAUAUAGUUCCAAUACCCCAAGGAAACAAUGUUGGGAGCAAUCAGAUGUUGAUGGUUGAAUUGGAAAAUGGUCAAGGCCAACAGUCAAAAAACGUGCAAGGGUUACUUCCAGCAUCCAUACCCAAUGAUGCAACGAGUGGUCAGUUAGUGACUGUCACAGCAGAAGGAAAUGCUCGAGCAUGCUUGCAGGGUAGUAAUCAACCUAGAAAGAGGGGCAGGCCUCGAAAAGAUAGAACUAUACCUGCUGAUUAUCAACCUAAAAGAAGAGGAAGGCCUCCUAAAAACAGGAGUGCAUCUGGAAAUUCUCAGAGUGCAGAAAACACACCGGGUUCUCUGGCACUUGUGCCAGCGCAAAAUGAUACGCAAGAAUCUUCCCGAAGAGAGAAUAGUAACCUUAAGUGCAGUACAAUGACAGCUCGGGCAGAAAAACUAAAAAGAGAAAAUUUGCGUGUUCAAGGCACACCAUCUGGAACUUGAUUAUCCUGAAAUGCAGUCUCACUUCUCCAAUAUAUCUGUAAGCAUUUCAAAAUCCAUGUGUGGUGGUAGCAUCUGACUUUCAACACGUACUUUGUACAACCCGGCGUAUAACAAAACUUGUGAAGCUAAAUAUGCUAUACUAAUGCUAUUGUAUUCUUUCCUAUACAAGUAUGUUUGCAAUCUGUUCGGAAUUUCUCUGUUA